UAAAUGAGUUAACCCAUAUGCCCAGAACUUUGGACAUCCUCAUUGUUGUUCAAGGCGGGUAUGCCCUGGAGUGUCCUGGCUGCAGUUGGUCUAGGGCUUGGGAUAGGGUUGGGGCUUCAAAGGGACAGAAGUGAAGUGUGACAAGGCUAUAAGACUGAAAAGCCUCCUACUCUCUGUCCUGAGAAUAGCAUUCUGCUGUCUCAUUUCACAGGCCCUUAUUUUCAUCCAAAAUGAGAACCCGGCUGGGGUAAAGACCACGAACGGUCAAAUCUGCCACAAUGAACAAAAUGGAUGAAAUCUGUGUUAAGGACAUGAGUACUGAGAUCUACCAAGGAUUCUUCAGGUCUAAGGAGUUGGAGGAGCUGGAGAAACCUACAGGGGCCCUAAAAACCUCCUGCAUGUUACAUAGCUAUCCUUUAGGUUCUUUCCCAUCCUGUGAGGCACUUAACUAGGCACACCUCCAGAGCAGUCGACCUUGGGGUCAAGAAUGUUGAACUUGACCUCAAAAGUUUACCUCUGUUUCUCCAAGUUUCAUGAUUUCACUUUUUUUAAACACUGCAAAAAGAUAAUCAGCUUUAUUGUUGCCUGGUAAAGACAGGCUUAAAUUAUGUGUGCACACAGAAGUAAAGGUUAAGGAAUAUUACCUUGAUGCAGGUAUCCAUUUUUGUACUUUGCCUCAGACUAUUACUCUCUAAGAAAUCCUCUUAAAAUUAGUGCUCACAAACUGGAGGCUCAUGGGCUGAAUUCAGCCUAUAUAAAUGUUUUGUUUGGACUGUACAUUAAAAAAAUUCUUUCAAAGUAACGUUUAAAAAUGAUACUUUAAAAAACAAGAGCUUCUCUUUAAAAGUUAUAAGAUAUGACGGCACCGGGUUCACAGUGGCACGAGGCAGCAACUGGCUCUGACAGUUGUUUCGUUCAAAAGCGUUAAAUGGUCUUCAAUUCGCCAAUGCCAGCCAUGCACAGAGGACCUGCACGUGCACUUGAACCUCUGGGCACUUAAGUGAGCGCUUGCUGGUUUGGAAGAAACCUGAGCUGGCUACCCACAAGGGGGUCAGGGGCGGCCUGAGAUGGUAACUUUUAAACUGAGACCUGCAGAAAUGAGCAUGUGGGCACAUUCCAUGACAGUACAGGAUUAUCAGGAUCUUAUCGACCGAGGAUGGCGAAGAAGCGGGAAAUAUGUGUACAAACCUGUCAUGAACCAAACAUGUUGUCCUCAGUACACAAUACGGUGUCGACCUUUACAGUUUCAACCAUCAAAAUCUCACAAGAAGGUUUUGAAAAAAAUGUUGAAAUUUCUGGCUAAAGGGGAAAUUUCCAGAGGAAAUUGUGAGGAUGAGCCCAUGGAGCCCGCCAUGGAGGACGCUGUUGCUGGUGACUUUGGGUUAAUAAAUAAAUUGGAUAUCCAAUGUGACCUUAAAACGCUCAGUGAUGACCUCAAAGAGAGCUUAGAGAGUGAAGAGAAGAAGAAAGGAAAGAGCUCAAAGAAAGAAGAAUCUAAUGAAUUAAGUCGGUCACAAGACAUAGAAGAGAAGUUGGGCUCUGGUGAACCAUCGCAUUCAGUUAAAGUGCAUACAGCUCCUAAGCCAGGCAAAGGGGCAGAUUUGAGUAAGCCUCCGUGUCGAAAAGCAAAGGAGAUCCGGAAAGAAAGGAAGAGGUUAAAACUCAUGCAGCAGAACCCAGAUGGAGAACUUGGGGGUUUGCAGGCUCGACGGGAACCAUCUUUCUGCCCACCGAAGGCUAAAUCCAACCAGCCCAAAUCCCUUGAAGAUUUGAUUUUUGAAUCUUUACCAGAGAACGCAUCACACAAGCUAGAGGUGAGGGUGGUGAGAUCAUCUCCACCAAGUUCUCAGUUCAAAGCCACAUUUCAGGAGUCUUACCAGGUCUAUAAACGUUACCAGAUGGUUAUUCACAAGGACCCACCUGAUAAACCAACUGUGAGCCAGGUGAGGUUAGUGCCUGUCUCCUUUGAGGACCCAGAGUUCAAGUCGUCCUUCAGCCAGUCAUUUUCUUUAUAUGUCAAGUAUCAAAUGGCCAUACACCAGGAUCCGCCUGAUGAAUGUGGGAAGACUGAGUUCACAAGAUUCCUUUGCAACUCACCUUUGGAGGCAGAGAAUCCCCCUAAUGGACCAGAUUGUGGUUAUGGCUCCUUUCACCAGCAGUAUUGGCUUGAUGGAAAGAUCAUUGCUGUGGGAGUGAUUGACAUCCUUCCAUACUGUGUAUCAUCUGUGUAUUUGUACUACGAUCCUGAUUAUUCAUUUCUGUCUUUGGGUGUCUACUCUGCACUCCGAGAAAUUGCUUUUACUAGGCAACUUCAUGAGAAAACAUCUCAACUCAACUAUUACUAUAUGGGUUUCUACAUUCAUUCAUGUCCUAAGAUGAAAUAUAAGGGUCAGUAUAGACCUUCUGAUUUGCUGUGUCCUGAGACAUAUGUUUGGGUCCCCAUUGAGCAGUGCCUGCCUUCACUUGAGAACUCGAAGUACUGCCGUUUCAACCAGGACCCACAAGCAGUGGAUGAAGGUCGCAGUCAGGAGCCUGACCGAUUGCAGGUGCUUUACAAGAAAGUCGUCAUGCCUUAUGGUGUUUAUAGGAAACAGCAGAAAGACCCCAGCGAGGAGGCGGCCGUGCUGCAGUACGCCCGCCUGGUGGGGCAGGCGUGCUCCGAGCGCAUGCUGCUGUUCAGGAGCUGAGGCCGCUCCCGCGCCCCUCUGCCCAGCGCCCACGCGGUGCUGAGGAGGUGUGUCCCGGCACAGAUUCAUUACUGUGGGGAAAUUCCAAAACCAUCCACAAAUGAGACUUCUUUAUUUUAACUGUUAUAUGGCUUUUCUAAAAUAUUUUGUGGCAGUGUAUUUGUGAGAAUCUCAUGAUUAAAGAUUUUUAAAAUGUUAUGACCUAGCCUCACAAUUGGGGUUUAUCAUUUUGGAAGUUUGUUUUAUCAACAAGAUGUGGUAAACUUCUCUUGUUAAUAUUUUGGAAAGUAAAAUUAAUAUGUGACUCAUAAGUGAUUUAAAUCACAGUUGUGCUUUUUUGUUCUGUUAGGGAAAUUAAAACAGACUGUUUCCUCAGAUCUAUUUAAAACAUCACUUUAUGCAAAAAACCAUAAGUGUGGGGAGGAAGGUGGGAAGUCCGUUUCAUCACUUAGAAAUGUCUUCUCAAGAGAACAAAGCUCUGCUGUCACUCCAUGUUCAGUGUUAAAUCACUGCCAAAUGUCGUGUUGUGCAGUUUAAUAGAAAACUCAAAAGAGGAAACAUGAACAUUAAAAAAAGGAUGUCAUGUUAACAUGGGACGUCUGUUUACCCAGUACAGUCCUUUUCAUGUCUAUUGUCUUGGCGUGAUUAUUUUUCUUAGAAUAAUUAUUAAUAGUACUCCCUUUCACUCUCAAAAGUAUCCCAGCAUUGGCAAUAAAAUAUACAUUAUAUAUUUUAUUGUAUGUAAAACAUAUUACCCUAGUUAUAUAUUAUGUUAUUUGCCCAGUUUCUAAAAAUCUUAAGAAAUUGAGUUUUUUAAGAAAAAUUUUGGCUCCUGCUUUGACCUAAGCCCCAUCAAAAGUAAACAUGCACUUAUUUUUCAUUCCUUAGAACUCAGGACACUUGUCUUUGGUUAUUGAUUAAAAAUUUGUUAAUAUCUGACUGCUUUUAUAACUACGUUACAAAUCACAUUUAAUGAAGUAGGCAUCAUUUGACCUCUGUUCCAAGGGCGUGAGGUGAGACAAUCCAUUUCUUGCCCUUUGAUUUGGAAGAAGAGGAGGUGCUACACUUAGUAAUUUGAAGCAGAGGGUAGCACCUUCUUUCCUUCUCUCUCUCUCUUGUUUGGUCCUUCACCCAUUCAGCAAGUGUCCCUUGUCCACCACUGUCAAGGUGGCAGGCACUGUGCUGGGAGGAAGGAAGAGAGCCAGAUGGGUCGGUUCCCAGUUACGCUUGAGUCGUGCUGGAGACCGGGGAGAAGGGAGGAGAGUUAUCUUCUUGUGCUCGUUCUCAGCUGAUCUCCAUCUUCUGCCAGCUGCCUGGCCACUGAGUCCGUUUCAUUCCUUGUUUUGCCCGUUUUUCUCUUUUCUGUUGAUUGAUCUUUUUAAAAACCAUAGUAUAAAACUUGUAGUCUGAAUCCCACUACUGAUUUUAAAUUUUACUCCUAAAUGCUCUGAAUUUAGAUAAAACAUUAUAGAAUAAUUUCAGCUAGCUAGAAUGAAAGGAAGGAUCAUACAUAAAACAAUAAUUUUAAAAAUCAAAUGUCUAGAAAUUGAACGUCCAAAUAAACUGUGCAUUUGUUCACUCAGAGUGUGUGUGUGUGUGUGUAUAACACCUGCGUGUGCAGGUGCUUGCUCACUGGGGAUAGAGUACUGAGCAAAGCCAUAUUCUCUGAUUGUGUGGAUUUCACAUUCCUUUGGAAUUUUGUCCUUGAAGAUAGUUUCCCAAGAGCAUUUGAUCGACUUUUAUUUACAACUUCCUUCAGAAUGGGUGGAACAUUUUCUUUUUUCCCCUUCUAAAAUGAAGAUAGCUUAAUUUGUUUAUUAUUACAGAAAUGAUACUGUAAGCAGUUAGCAUGUUAAGAAAAGUAUAAAUAAGAAAAAUCAUCUGAAAUUCCACCAUACCAGAGAAAGAAUUGUUAUAUAUCUAUAUAUACACACACACACACACAAUUUUAAUGUAAAUCGAAUUACACUCUACAUGUGUCCUCAACAGUAAGUUAUGGACUUACAUAUCUGAAUUUUGAAAGAAAUUCCAAAAUACGAUUUCAGAAGUGUUGAGGGUGAUGUUAGUAUUCUCAGAGUAGUAGACUACGUCGGUACUUGGUACGCUUGGCAUUUUAAAUGCCCACGUUGAUGUCACUAGCUGCAUUCCACCUACUUAGUGAUGAGCGUAGAAUGGUCUCCAUAAAGAUCACAACUUCGGAGUAUUGAAUGAGAGAAAACUUUAAUUUUACAUCUUACCACAAUUCUGGUUUCCUCCUGCAGAAUUCAGUUUAGGGUUCCUUCAGAGGACAAUGAUUCGUCACUCCUGUGUGGGAACCAUGGCACUCUUCCUGAGGGUGGCAUUCUAGGUUGGCUCCAGUGGGGCUGCAGAGAGAGUUGGGCCUGAAGAUUCUCCUCUCCUGUUGCUAUAUUCAUGCGCUGUUUUUUUGUGAGUAGGUCGUAUAUUGAUCCCAGUGAGCAAAGUGUUUUCAAAAGACAAUUAUUUGUUCUUUUGAGCCCUAGCUGAGUGAAUAUCAAUAGUGGGCUAGGAAAGGACAGUCAAAAAAAGUGACCAGGCUUUGUCAGUUGACGGGCAACCUAGUUAAGAAAUCUGAUUUUAUGUUAAUGGCUUUCCUCUAAAGAAAGACACCUGAGGACCUUUCAAAGCGUUUAUACUUAUUCAAGGCUGGAAGCUUUGCAUUUACUAUCUUAGUGUUGUAGUCCCUUUCUGAUUUCAGAUAAAUUCACACCUCGCUCCUUGUCUUGGGAGCAAAAAUUUAAUAGAGAUUCCCCAUGCUACUGUCUUUAUUUAAAUUAUUUCAGUUCUGUGAGAUUUUCGUUAUCUUAUUUUUAAAAAACGCAAUCGGAGCACUUUUUUUUAUAUUCUAAAAGAUAGAGGCUGUUAUCAGAUGAAUAUAUUAUUCAUUUGAUUAAAAUUAUUUAGAUAAGAAAUUAUUACUGUUUGUGUUUGCUUUCAAACAACUUUUUAUCCAUUUUCCAAAAUAUCAGUUGUGUGUAGUUUCUUACCGUAGGAGAAUCUACUAUGUAAAUGAGCCAUUUCAGCUUUCUGAACAGUAUAUGGGUUGAUUGUAUAGGUUUUCUAUUGUUUCAGUAUGAAUAAAGAUGAGAAAGAAUAUGAUGACCAGUUACCUAAAAUGUAUCUAUUAUCGCUAAUGUUGAAGAAAGAAGGAAAUGAAAUGGAAACAAUUGGGAAAUGUUUGAAGUAGAAGUUACUCAAAUGUGUAUUCUCUUCCAAAAGGAAACCAGUGACUAAGGCAAAACAAGUUUGAUUGCACGUGAUGUUUUUUGCUCUUGUGUAUGCUUUUUGAACAGUCCAUUUGAUAAAGCUUGAAUGGAGAAAAUAAAGCUGCUUCUGUCUGCAGUGGCUCUUGCUGGUCAGUAGUUAAAAGACAUAUAACUUUAUCUUUUAAAUUCUCGAAUACAUUACCUGUAAUGAAUAUGCAGAAAACAUUGGUUAUACGAGUCAUAAUAUUUUCGAUAAUUGAAUUCCAGAUCAUUUGGUUACCUCAAUCAAAGCAUAAUGGAUUCCUUUCUCUGGAAUAAAUAAAAGCAAAAUAGAUCUCACUUUAAGGAAAAAGUCUGGACUUUUGUAAGAUAAAUUAGGGAAUAGACAUUCCUUUUCCCAAAGGGAUUCAAAAUGAGAUUUAAGUAGCAAACUCGAAUAUAAUUUCUCUUAGAAAUUUAGUUUACAGAGAAAUUUCCAGAAAUAUCUCAUAAAGUGUGCUUUAAUCAUUCAUAGUAGUCCACACCAUAUUUAUGGAAUACAUUUACAAGUAUUUUGCCUUUUUUUACAGUAAAGAGAAUCCUGAUAGGUUUAUGGUAGGUGAAUCCUAUUUUCCAAGUGAUUUAAAUAUUAAUUAUGAUUCCCACUGAUGUUUUUUUCCAGAAUGGAAAUAGCUUUGUUGUUUUUCUUAUUUGAAGUGUUCAGUGUUCACCAGAGAAAAGGAUACGAAAGAAAAUAAAAAUCACUUCUAAUCCCCUCACUGAUCACUACUACCAUCUCUGCCAUUCACAUUUUGGUGUAUAUCCUUUCAAACUUUUUUCCACUUAUAUGAAUGUAUAUGUUUUGUUUUAUUUUUAAAUAAAAAUGUAAUGCUGUGUA